UUAAGUAACCAAUUCACAAUAGAAUGAUGGAUAAACCAGCACCCUUGACAAUGUUCGUUCAGACCGAUAUAACCGGUUUCCGGGAGCUUGUUCAGCGGUUAACCGGUCUAUCCCCAGGCAACGAAGGGGCAACACCAAAGGUCUCAGGCCUCAAGAGGCAAAUGUCCAAACUCUACGAGAGACGGCGAUACAUGAUGUCAAAGCUGGAGGUAGUAAAACCCGGUUUGAAAAUCAAACCGGGUCCAACCAUUCUCCAACAUUCAAAAGCUGGCUUUUAUUCCACGGAACUAGUUUUCUCCACUUGUGAGUCUGUUAAUUUCAGCUUCAUUGCAAGCCCUUUGGGCACCCCAUCAAAGGCUUUCUCAAACCUUUUCAUCACAGAAGAAGAAGCAACGAUGGUAGUGUCUGAUAUUGACAGAGAAGAAGAAGAGAAAGCAAUCAAAGAAAGACGGUUUUACUUGCAUUCUUCACCGCGGUGCAGACCGGGAAAUGCUGAACCGGAAUUACUUCACCUGUUUCCACUCAAUUCUCCCAAAACUGUUUCAUGAAUCUUAGAAUUCAGAUUAGAUUUGGGAAACCAAAGGCCUACAGAUU